AUGGCCGUAGCUCAGGCGGCGCAGACAGAGGGCAUCAAACCAUACUACACUCAAAAGAUUGAAGAAGCAGAGUUGCUGAUUCAAGAAAAGACACAAAACCUACGACGCUUGGCGGCGCAGCGGAAUGCGCUGAAUGCACAAGUCCGCUUGCUUCGUGAGGAGCUACAACUAUUGCAGGAACCUGGCUCGUAUGUGGGUGAAGUGAUCAAGCCGAUGGGAAAGAAGAAGGUGCUUGUCAAGGUAAAUCCGGAGGGCAAGUAUAUUGUUGACAUUGCGCCGGAGAUCGAUAUCAAUACACUGACGCCUUCGUUGCGUGUUGCGUUGAGGAAUGAUUCUUACCAGCUUUAUAAGAUCUUGCCAAACAAGGUGGAUCCGCUGGUAUCGCUCAUGAUGGUGGAGAAGGUACCUGACUCGACAUACGAUAUGGUCGGUGGAUUGGACAAGCAAAUCAAGGAGAUCAAGGAAGUGAUUGAGCUACCCGUCAAGCACCCAGAGCUGUUUGAGUCGCUUGGUAUUGCACAGCCAAAAGGUGUCUUGCUUUAUGGACCUCCAGGAACCGGCAAGACACUGUUGGCGCGUGCUGUGGCACAUCACACAGACUGUCGCUUCAUUCGCGUUUCUGGAUCUGAGCUUGUGCAAAAAUACAUUGGUGAGGGAUCACGCAUGGUGAGAGAGCUGUUCAUUAUGGCACGCGAACACGCACCCUCCAUCAUCUUCAUGGAUGAGAUUGACUCGAUUGGUUCGUCGCGUACGGAGUCUGGCAGUGGUGGCGGUGACUCUGAAGUGCAACGUACAAUGCUUGAGUUGUUGAAUCAGCUGGAUGGGUUUGAGCCGCAAAAGAACAUCAAGGUGAUUAUGGCUACAAAUCGCAUUGACAUUCUCGACCCUGCGCUGUUGCGUCCCGGCCGAAUUGACCGCAAGAUUGAGUUUCCUGCGCCGACGGUCGAGGCGCGUGCAGACAUCCUCAAGAUUCACAGCAAGAGCAUGAACUUGACGCGAGGUAUCGACCUGCGUAAGAUUGCAGAGAAGAUGACGUCUGCGAGUGGUGCUGAGCUGAAGGGAUGCUGCACGGAGGCCGGUAUGUAUGCGCUGAGGGAGAGGCGGACGCAUGUUACGCAGGAGGACUUUGAGCUGGCUGUUGCGCGGAUCAUGAGUGCCAAUAACAGCGACAAGGACAUGAGUGUGACGAAGCUGUUCAAGUAG